UCUUUGGUUUCUUUGGUUCAACUCGCAACUCUUUGCCGUUAGCAAACUUGUCCGUACGUGUUAAGUCUCGGUCACGAACGUCGUAGGUCGUCGUAGUAUGAAUACUGUAUGUGUAUUUUGAAGCACAGAACGAUAGACGACAGGGAUUUCCGACAGCCUUUUCCGUAAACAGACAGCUGAAUAAUUUUUGUUCGACAAAUGCACGGAUCUCAGUUUGCGAGCGUAUUACCGACAACCAUACGACGUAUGUCCUUACGGUCGCUGACCCCGACGCCGAUGACGACAACGACGCCCGUGUACAUGUUUCCAGGCAUCUAAAACAUGGCUUCCAAGCAAGGGAAGAAGGCCAAGUUCAAAGUAAGAAAUCUGUUCUCGAAGAACAAGUACAAGAAGUUCUCCAGGUCUAAGGAACGGCUCCCGCGUCACAAGGAGUCGGACGAGUCAUUAACAACUUUACGUGAUGACGUCGUGGAAGAAAACGAAGAACUGAACUUCGAUCUUAAGACCAGCCAUACCACAGUAGUUAAUAAAUCCCAACAGCAGAAACGCCGCAGCGUGAGGUUAGAUGUUGGGGACAUGUUGUACGGCGGGCAGGUCGACCGGGAGACGGAGCCUUCUUCCUCGGGCCACACGGGCACCGACUCCCGCGGGGGAGAGGGGGCACGGCCCGGGGAGGAGCAAGACUUGGACCUGCCACUUGUCGCGAAUGACGAUGAAGAGACUUUCUUGAGCGAGGAUAACACUAUCGAGAAAGUGUUUUCUGCUGAAAUAAAUCCAGACAGGGGUACAGGAGAAAGUGUAAAGCUUGGCGAAAAGGAGAAUGAUUCUUCGAGCGACGCUGAAACUACCGAGAAAGUGUGUUUAGCAGAAGUGCACACGGACAGAAAUGCAGAAAACUUGACACGCCCCAGCGAAAACGUAAUGAACUCUGCCAACAUCGAUGUAACAGGUAACUUUACACCAUCGGAGGAGAGGGCACCCUCUCUUUCCAAGAAAGUCGAAGGAAAGUCGAAGAAGAAACGUAAGAAAGUGACCUUUUCGCCGACGUCCACCAAGUACAUACAGCUGGAAGCCUCCCGGGAAACAUUGGACAUCUAUGUGGUGGAAGAGCAGACGAUCAAGAAGAAGAAAUCCAAGAAGAAGAAAAUAAGAAAGAGAAUCCGCAAGGCGGCGCGGCUGAGCUGGCGGUACCUGGUGGCGGGCUUCCAGAACAUGACGUUGGCGACGCCGUUCUACGUCACCACGACCACCGUGGAGGGCAUGUACAUGCCGCGGCCCAGUAACCCAUGACAACCGUUACCAAGGCAACGUCGAGAAGGAAGUUCUGAAGAAAUCCAACAUCUGCCUUAGAGCCGCCAAGACUGUUGUUGUUCGAUUGUGAACGAGCACGUAAAAUGUUUGAAGAAGAAAACUAAUAGUCAAGGGCAGGGCCCUAAUCAAACGUUGUAUUAACAAAGCAAAAUUACCUCUGCAGGGGAUUUUAUU